AUGUUGAAGAUGAUCAAGACGUUGUCUGACUCUAAUGCCAUUGCUUGUGAGGAAGAUCAUGACACAUACAAAGAUUUUGCAAAUAUAUGCAAAUUAAAGCUACAAUCAGAGAAAUUGAUAGUUAUGAAGGCCCAAGUCAAAAUCAGCAAAGAUGUUAUGUAUGAGCUUGGUGAUGAUAUGAUGAUAUCAUGUAAUGUGUGUUUCUCUACUAUUAUCUUCUAUGAUUUAGCUCUUAUGUUUUUAGUAUUAUUGACUAGAGUCUUAGUAUUUGUCUUACUUUACCAACAAUUGUCAGGAUAUUACUCAAUCAAUGUUAGACUACAAAUUUCUAUUGUUCUUGACCGAUUAAGAUCAAAUGAUAAUUCUUUGUCAAGUGGCCAUUUGGCAAAACGUUCUGGAAUAGAAAAGGACUUUAUCAAGAAUAUAACAACCAGAUUCUUCAAAGAUUUCCAAACCUUGUUGGAUUUCUUGAUAAAUGUUUAUUUAAGCUGGCAAAAGCAUCAUUGUGGAAGCCAGAGCAGUUUUUUUGGUUGUAGAUCCACUUACUGUGUAAACAGUGUCGCAGUAUGUGGUCAUAGAUGUAAAAUCCGAUAUAUGUCACCUAGUUUCUUUGGAUGUUUGUAUGAUAUGCGUACUUUGUCUGAGUGUGAGCUUAGAAAAUUCCUGGAGCAAUUCUUUUUGGGUGAUGAGUAUGUGUUAGCAAACGCAGGGUACAAGACUAUGAACUAUAUUGUUCCAAUCAAAAAGAAGGCAAAGAACAGUGAACUCUCAUUAGCAGAUGAAGAGUUCACACUAUGA